AUGCCAUCCCUCGCCAACUUCCUCUACACCCAACUCUUCCUCCAAAUCCCCAUCCCAACAACCCCCUUCACAUCCAAAACCGUCCUCAUCACCGGCGCAAGUUCCGGCCUAGGCAAAGAAACCGCAAAACACAUCGCGCGUCUCGGCGCUACAAAAAUAAUCCUAGGCUGCCGCAGCAUAUCGAAAGGGGAAGCGGCGGCGGCCGAGAUCCACUCUGCUGUACACUGCAGCGCAGACAUCUUCGAAGUGUGGCAGCUUGACCUGGAAUCCCCUGAUUCGGUUAAAUCAUUCGUGGAUAGAGCCAACAAGCUCCCGCGGUUGGAUUUCGUGAUUAAUAACGCUGGCCUACAGGCUGCUAACUACGCAGUAAGCUAUGGGACGGAACGCACCAUCGCGGUGAAUGUUAUCGGGACAUUCCUGCUCGCGGUGCAACUUGUACCGAAACUAAAAGAGACAGCGAGGGUAUACAGGACAACACCGCAUAUGACAUUCGUUGGGUCGGAGCUGUAUGGUUUUGCGACUUAUCCAGAGGAGCAUGGGGAUGAUCUGUUUGGGUGGUUUGGGGAGAGGAGGCAUGGUUCGUAUAUGAUGAAUCAGUACAAUCUCUCCAAACUGCUCCUUCUAUACGGGGUCAUCCAACUGUCCCAACUCGUCGACAAGUCGGAACCCUCAACGCCCGUCAUGAUAAACUCUCUCGACCCGUGCUUCUGCAAGACGAAUCUCCCGGGUGAAAUGUCCGGCGCGCUUGGAGUGUUUUUCAAACCAUUUGAAUUGCUCUUUGCCCGCUCGGCGGAAGAGGGAUCGAGACUUAUCGUCAUGGCGGCUGCGGGUGGGCAAGAGAGCCAUGGGCGAUAUUUCCGUUCGGCGGAGUUGAAGCCCUAUGUCCCAUUUGUGUCGAGUGACGACGGCGUGAAGAGGAGGGAGUAUGUUUGGGAUCAGCUGUGUAGGAGGUUGGAGGGCUUGCAGCCGGGGAUCAUGGGCAAGUUGGGUGGUAUCUGA